AUGCGCCUCAAGGAACGUGAUCUCCUCCUUCUACUUCUAACGCUUGUAGCGCUCAGGAGCGUCUACAGCAUCGCAACCUCUGACGCCCCAUCCGACAAUUCGAAGCUCAGAGAAGAGGUUGAUCUUUCUUCUACCGACUCGUUGGCUUCUCAAGACACUGAUUCAACGCAGAAAGAGACAUUAACAGAAGACGUCCAGAUCGCCACAGAUACCGACGUUUCUUCCAAUCCACAGCGUAUUCCAGAGACAGAUGAGCCAAUAGCAGACGCUCAACUUGCAGAUGAAGAUGUUGAUCCACUUUUAGAUGUUCCCAGUGGUCUUUUUGAAGUGGUAGACGCUGAUAGUGUAGACACUCAUAAGCGUCAGAAUUAUGCCUCAUUGGAUGCUGGAGCUACAAUUCUUGAUGCAGCACCUGAUACUAAAAGUCCUACAAACCUUUUAGUACCUGAUAAAGAUCGUUAUAUGCUCACACCAUGCUCUAAUUCCAGAAAAUGGGUCGUCAUUAGUCUUUCGGAGGAUGUACAUGCAGAUGCUAUUGCAGUUGCCAACUAUGAAAAGUUUUCGUCAACUGUUAAAGACUUUAUCGUCCUGGGUAGCAUCAACUAUCCGACCGAUACGUGGCUCGUGCUCGGCAACUUUACGGCUACACAUACAAAUGGAGAACAGAUUUUUCAGCUGGACGCACAACAGCAUGUGCGGUAUAUAAAGUUUCGCUUUCUAUCUCACUAUGGAUCCGAGUAUUACUGCACACUGAGUCAACUACGUGUAUUUGGUCGAACGUUUACGCAAGUGAUUUCUCAGCUGGAAAAAAGCAUUGACGCAGAAGUAGAAGCCCUGGAUGCGAAGGCGGCAAUCCCAACACCUCUGCCAUCUCCUUUGCCUAAUAGCGCCGAGGUCUCCGUGUCUCACAUCCCAGACCCGACGGAGCUCACGAAUCAGUGCUUGAUGGAGAAAAAUAACACAGUCGCGGCUGUUUUUUAUGAUAAAGCACAGCAGAUUGAGCACUAUCGUGAUCAUGGAAUGUGUUGUCUAGUCGACUACACUCCGGAGCAGAUUGGAGCAGAAGCUGCCGCUAAUAACGCCAUCGAGCAUGUGCCAACCUCAAGCCUCGACCUCGUUGAGACUGACGGAGUUGAUGGCGCAGUCCCGGUUGCUACACCUGUACCCGACAAAAAUGCGUCGAAUGUUUCUGUGGUUGGCGGCUCUAGUUUCAAUACAACUGCAUCAAGUAGUGGAGCAGUAUCAGCUUCGCUAGUGCCCACUGCUCAUGGCACUGCUGUAUCGUCUACACAAGGCCUCGGUCCACUAGAAAGUAUUUUCGUCCGUAUCACCAAGAAGAUCCAAGCCUUGGAAGCAAACCAGAGUGUCAUGGGAAGGCAACUCGAGGAAUUGCACACGCAUCAGUCGGCAGCUAUAGAGAUGCUACAGUCAAAUCAAGAGUCGCUGAAGGAGAUUCGCACCAUGAUCGUGGACUUGAAGGACAACGUAACAAAAGAGCUAUCGGCAUACGAACAAACAUUGAUGAACUAUGGUCGGCUACUUGAUGAUGUUCGGCGAGAGAACAUUGCUCUUUGGAAUGAGAUGCUUAUCGUGCGCGAGGUCAUCACAACCAUGAAAGCAGGCAUUCUUUGUGCCAUCAUCCUGUCUGGAUGCAUCAUUUUAUUUUACCUACUUCGUCUCCUGUUUCGCUGUGUAUCGAAGUGCAAGGAGCGCGCUGAUCUACGGGAGUGGUUCUGGCGCAUGGAACAUCAAGAAAGUAGCGGAGGUGAUACAGGCACGAAUAAUGGGGCUUUGCGCGUGAACCGAAGAGCACAAUUCGGUUCGUCCUGGGAUGACUCAGCAAUCGAGCGAAAAACUCUUGUUAGCGACAUAAUUGGCGACGGUCCACAGAAAUUCCGUCGCCGAACGAAGAGGUCAAGCCAGCCGUCGAGUUCAUUAAAGCGCUGUAGGAAAUGA